CUCCGUGGAAAAACCCUAACCUAGGUACGUAUAAGGUUCCCAAUUCUUCGUCUCCGUCUUCCAUCGUUAGCAGAAAGAAAAGCUGCCACUCGAAGCUGCAUCCUGCUUUGCCGAGCUAACGAAGGUGAAGUUCUUCAGAUUCGAAGGACGUAUUGAUUCCUUGCAGUUGUGCUGGAUGUGAUUUUAAUAUGCUUUCUUGUUCUGGGUGUCUUCUGACAGCAGGCUAUAUCGACAAUGGCGACUUAUGCUGCAAUUAAGCCUGCAAAGGCUGGGAUUGAGGAACCUCAAGAGCAAACUCACAAGAUAAGGAUCACACUGUCCUCCAAGAAUGUGAAGAACCUGGAGAAAGUUUGCGGAGACUUGAUUCGCGGUGCUAAGGACAAGAGGUUGAGGGUUAAGGGACCCGUAAGAAUGCCCACCAAGACCCUUCUUAUCACCACCAGGAAGUCCCCUUGUGGUGAAGGAACCAACACCUUUGACAGAUUUGAGCUUCGUGUUCACAAGCGCAUCAUCGACUUGUUUAGCUCCCCAGAGGUGGUGAAGCAGAUUACCUCCAUCACCAUUGAGCCGGGUGUUGAGGUGGAAGUUACAAUUGCUGAUGCUUAAGAUUGUCCUCUGUUUGUCUGUCAUGGAUCCUUGUUCUUGGCUUCUAAAGUAGUUUAUUGUAGUACGGGUCACCCCGAGUUUGGAAUGUGUUGGAUGCUUACAUGUUAUUGAAACGUAUGUGCCAGUCAAUACUGCCUAGAGGUUAUUGUAGUACUGAGCUGUGUACUUUGUAUUGUUUUUCAUUUCUAGAGAUUCUGUAAUGCAGAAAGAGAAUUUUGCUUUACAACUCUCAUGCUUCGUUUGUGUUUGGUUUUUUUGGGUAAAUCGAAAGCUGAACCAAUAAGGUUCUCUUAUUGCUCGCAGCUGGUUUGCGCUAAAUGGUUUUGUGAAGGACGCCAAGUACUAGGCUACGCGCACCCAUUGCACGAGUUUUGUAAUACUUUAUACAGUCACUUCUCUAAUAAGAACUUCCCAUACUAUGAAAUAAGAACAGGAACUAAGGCAGUUAACGAGCACAGCCAGUUUUGCUCGGAAGUUGCUGCUACGAGAACACGAGGACAAUGAUAUACGCUCAGUUUGCUUGCAAGCACAUGUGGGAACUCAUAUCUAUGGAUAGGCCUGCACACCAGCAAGGUAUGUUGCCUCAACCGAAGCAGAUCCUUCUGCCGCAAAGUCAUCCCAUGAAUCGAUGGAGAGUAUCACAUAAUCGGCAUACUUUCCAGGCGACAAAGUUCCCAACUCGAGCUGCUGAUAUAGUGUGCGCAAUCAAGGAAUCAGUAAGGGGAAGGCACUCAGCUGGAAUGUGAGAUCGAGCUGUAAAGAAUCUUCACAAAACUUAUCUCAACUGGAGUUAGCCGGUAGCUGAAAGGCUCACCUCAAGCAUGGUACGGGCGAAGUCAUGAUCCCAUUUGAAUGGCCAAUGAAGCUUGUUGGAUUCUGGGAGAGUAUGAGCUCAAUUGCGUACCUAGUUCAACGAAAUCAACCGGAACUGAUUUU